AUGACAUCGGGUAACGACCUCAAGAUGGAGUCUGUCGCUCCCACCGCAGAGGAGCUCAAAGGCUUUGACCUCGAAAACCCCGACAUUGUCCAGCUCAUCCAUCACGCACAGCAGAGCGACGCUGCAGAUCGCCUGUUGACGAUUCGUGAGGCUCUGAGCAAGUACAAACGAGCCGUGUUCUGGGCCAUGUUUUUGUCCACCAGCUUGAUCAUGGAAGGCUACGACUUGGUCAUUAUUACCUCCUUCUACGGCCAGACUCAGUUUCAGGACCGGUUUGGUCAGGUUGAUCCUUCUACGGGGAAAAAGUAUAUCUCUGCCCCCUGGCAGUCUGGCCUGUCCAACUCGUCGCUUGUCGGCCAGCUGGCCGGUCUGAUACUCAACGCAUACGCUCAAGAUCGCUUCGGAUGCAGAGUGACCAUGAUGGCUUUCAUGGCAUGGAUGGCAGUGAUGAUUUUUAUUCCCGUGUUUGCACCGUCGUUGCCCGUUCUGGCUUGGGGAGAGGCCAUGUGUGGUGUUUCAUGGGGUGUUUUCCAGACUCUGUCCACAACAUAUGCCUCCGAAGUCGUCCCCACCGUACUGAGACCCUACGUUACUGCAUACGUCUGUAUGUGCUGGGGCGCAGGGAUUCUGCUCUCCUCAGGUGUCGUCCGAGCCGUGGCAGGUCUCAGUGGCAACAUCGCUUGGCGAUUGCCUUUCGCCCUUCAAUGGGUCUGGCCGAUCCCACUCUUCAUAGGCGCCUACCUCGCUCCCGAAUCUCCAUGGAACGCCGUUCGAAGAGACAAGUUUGAAGAAGCAAAGAAAGCACUCAAGCGUCUCCGUACCCCAUCCCCCGAAAGCAACUUUGAGAUCGAAGCCACACUGGCCUACAUCCAGCACACGACAGCCAUCGAAAGGGCAGAGACCGCCUCGGCAAGCUUCGUCGAGUGUUUUCAGGGAACAAAUCUUCGCCGUACUGAAAUUAAUUGCGUCGUUUGGGCGGCACAGAUCCUCUGUGGUAACGCUAUCCUGGGCUACUCCGUUAUCUUCCUUGAAGCUGCAGGCUUUUCCGAACUUCAAGCAUUCGACCUUAACAUCUCUCUCUCUGCUUGUUACAUCGUUGGUGGUAUCAUCUGCUGGUUCAUGUUCCCGCACGUGGGCCGAGCAACCAUAUACAUGGGCGGGUUGGCGCUUAUGUUCUGCUGCCUCAUCGCGAUCGGUGGCCUCGGUUUCGCCUCAGGCAAGGGCGCUGAGAUGGCCAUUGGUAUCUUGUUGGUCUUUUCGACGCUGAUUAACAUGAUCACCGUCGGUCCUGCUUGCUAUCCCAUUGUGGCAGAAACGCCGUCUGGACGCCUAAGGUACAAGACUAUUGUCAUUGGCCGUUUUGUGUAUAACCUGACGGGCAUUUUCAAUAAUUCUGUGACCCCUCGUAUGAUUGCUGCGACCUCCUGGAAUUGGGGAGCCAAAGCUGGUCUUUUCUAUGCAGGGACAAAUCUUCUCUGCCUCAUCUGGUGCUGGUUCCGUCUUCCCGAGACAAAAGACCGCACUUUUGGUGAGAUUGAUCUUCUGUUCGAUAACCACGUUCCCGCGAGGAAGUUUAAGCAUACCAAAGUUAAUCAAUUUGCCCACCAAAGCGAGUAUCGCGAAAAGGCAGAUGUUAUUGGUGAUACCGAGCACAUUGAGGUGGAGUAG